ACCGAUGGGAACGCCUGGUCGUUGUUGUAAUUUUAGUUGUGAUUAUUUUACCUAGUAUUUUGACUGUGCCGGUUUUUGUUGUGUUUUACAAUGGUUCUCAUCAAAAGAAAUAAGGAAAACAAGCGGCAAAUACCACCACAAGUGGUCAAGUAUCAAGGUGAUGGAAAAGACAAAGCCACAUCAACUGUAGAGAAGCAGUCCUUAUUUCAGCGAUACUGGUUUCUUAAAUAUCUUAUACUUGUGGCUCUUGCACCAGCGUUCAUGAACCAUGCGGCAUUAUCACGGGAAUCAAGAGAGCUCCAGCCUCUAGGAGAGCUAUAUGAUGUUGGGUGGGGACAAAAACUUUUCAUGGGCUGCGUCGGCAAGGGACGUCCAACUGUUCUUUUUGAUGCUCCAACUGGCAUGUCGUCAGAUGCGUGGGCGCUUAUUGCACCCAAACUUGCUAAGACAACCCGAGUGUGUGUCUACGAUAGGGCGGGGCUUGGGUUCAGUGAUCGGCCCUUCAUAAACCGCUCUCAACCUGAUAGUGGCAAGAGCCCAAAGGGUGGGCUGCCUUAUACCACUGAGAAGAUGGUUGAGGACUUUCAUAGGCUAUUCACUGGUUCCAGUAAGCAACCUGGACCCUUUCUACUUGUCGGCGCAGAACUGGGAGCGGUAAAUAUGAGAUUUUAUACUCAGCUAUUUGAUAGUGACGUCAUGGGGUUUGUGUCUAUAAACCCUCUAGUAGAAGGAAUGUUUGAUAUUCCAGAGAAAACAUGGGUUAAACACUGGCAAGGUCGCCACACCUCCAUGUUACAAACAUUACAGUUCUUAGCGGCAGUGGGGUUAAGUCGAGUGGCGCUUAUUCUUGGACUGAUGACGGCAAGUCCAGUCGACAGUGGCCUUGUCUCAGCAGAUGUGAUAGCUAGACAGAAGCAUUUACUAUGUAAACCAGCACAUUUGAGCUCAGCAGUAGAGGAAUUUUACUUUGCUAAUGAGAGUCUAUCUCAGAUGAGGACGUUGUGCAGGAUUAAGCCGUUCCCUAGUCAUGUAGGGGUGACUGUUGUGACAAGCGGGGCAUACAGCACCAAGCCAGGCUCAGAGGAACUUAACAGGGUGUGGUCAUCAUCCCAGGAUCACAUGACCAAGGUCAUACAUGCUGGGAGUGACCGAGUGCAGCUGCCAGGAAGUGCUGAGUCAGCACUUUUCCAGCAUGCUGAUGUGAUUGCUAGGGUGAUAGAGCGCAGAGUCAUACAAUGGAGAAAGCCUAGUGGUGGGGCAGCAAAACAGUAGCACCAAUGACCAAAUAAAAAUGUGACCUUUUUUA